UGCAUCUAAUUAAGAAGUUGGAGACAAAAAUGUCGAGCCACCGCGUCACAUUACCCCUGAUCAUGAUCACUCUCUUCCUCUCUACAGCAUCUGGUGAUUCUCAUGACAAAUGUGUGUACACCAUUUACAUAAAAACAGGGUCACUCAUGAAGGCUGGUACGGACUCUAAGAUAAGCCUGAGCCUUGGAGACUUCUCGGGCAGCUCAGUAUGGGUGCCGGAUCUUGAGUCAUGGGGCCUAAUGAGCCCAUACUAUGAUUACUUUGAGCGUGGCAAUCUAGACGUAUUUAGUGUACGUGGUCCAUGCAUGGAUGGACCCGUUUGCCGGCUCAGCCUCACAUGCGAUGGGUCCGGUGCUCACCCGGGCUGGUACUGCGACCACGUGGAGGUCGCCGCCACGGGACCUGACACUGGAUGUUCGAAAUCCAUGUUUUAUGUUCAACAAUGGUUGUCUAGUGAUGUUCCUCCGUUUGAGCUCACUGCUAGUGUUGAUGCGUGUAAUCCCUGGAAUAUUAAUGCUGUUGCGGAUGAGCAGGGGAAAUAUGGGAAGUUUGUUGCGGUCAAUCCCUCAAGAUAUGAAUAAUUAUAUGACCAUUUCAAUGAGGAGAGAGGGAGGGAGGGUUGAGAAAUAUUUGGUGCUUUGUUUUGUUGGGAAUUAAUUCGAUGUUAUGGAUCCGUUAAUGUUUUUGUUCCUAACUUGUAUUGC